UACGUACUAGUAUGAUGAGGUUGGGAUGUGACAUUCCUGCAUCGAGCACUAGUUGUGAUUGCGGCAAAGAACUGGACAUCCAAGGAUACCAUCUAAUCACUUGUAAGACUGGAGGUGGUCCAGUGCACACUCACAACUCAAUCGUGUCAGCAUGGUCUAACUGCCUUUCUCAACUCAACUUGCUACACAAACUAGAGCCACAAUACCGGUACGUCAACAGUGACAAGAGGUCGGACAUCCUCAUUUUUGACCCAGAUUCGGGUGGAGACAUUGAAUUAGAUGUGUCGUUGGCUCGUCCAUGGCGUUUGGACUCAGUGAAGGCAGCCUCCAGAGAAGAAGGAGUAGCAGCAAUGAAACGGGAAUAGAAGCAAGAGGCAAAGUAUAAUUCCGAACUACCGCCAGAAGGGUCCUGCCCAUUGGUCAUUCCUCU